GAGGAGGGCGAGGAGACCGUGACGGCCUUCGUGGAGCCCAUGGUGAUCAUCCUCAUCCUCGCCGCCAAUGCCGUGGUGGGAGUGUGGCAGGAGAGGAACGCUGAGAGCGCUAUCGAGGCCUUGAAGGAAUACGAGCCCGAGAUGGGCAAAGUGAUCCGGAUGGACCGCAAAGGCGUGCAGAGGGUCCGGGCGCGGGACAUCGUCCCCGGAGACAUCGUCGAAGUGGCAGUUGGUGACAAGGUGCCGGCCGACAUCCGCCUCGUCGAGAUCAAGUCCACCACCCUGAGAGUCGACCAGUCCAUCCUGACGGGUGAAUCGAUGUCUGUGCUCAAACACACCGACCCCAUCCCCGACCCGCGGGCCGUGAACCAGGACAAGAAGAACAUGCUCUUCUCGGGCACCAACAUCGCUUCGGGCAAGGCCGUGGGGGUGGUCGUCGCCACGGGGGUCUACACCGAGAUCGGGAAGAUCCGCAACCAGAUGGUGGCCACGGAGCCGGAGAAGACGCCGCUGCAGCAGAAGCUGGACGAGUUCAGCCAGCAGCUGUCCAAGGUCAUCUCCAUGAUCUGCGUGGCCGUGUGGGCCAUUAACAUCGGCCACUUCAGCGACCCGGUCCACGGCGGCUCCUGGCUCCGGGGCGCCAUCUACUACUUCAAAAUCGCCGUCGCCUUGGCCGUGGCAGCCAUCCCCGAAGGGCUCCCCGCCGUCAUCACCACCUGCCUGGCGCUGGGCACCCGGAGGAUGGCCAAGAAAAACGCCAUCGUCCGCAGCUUGCCCUCCGUGGAGACCCUGGGCUGCACCUCCGUCAUCUGCUCCGACAAGACCGGGACCCUGACCACCAACCAGAUGUCCGUCUGCCGGAUGUUUAUCAUCGGCCAGCUGGACGGAGGGGACUGCAGCCUCCAUGAGUUCAGCAUCACGGGCUCCACCUAUGAACCUGAAGGCCAAGUGCUGAAGGACGGGGAGCCUGUUCACAGCAGCCAGUACGACGGGCUGGUCGAGCUGGCCACCAUCUGUGCCUUCUGCAACGACUCGUCGCUGGACUACAGUGAGUCCAAGAAGGUCUACGAGAAGGUCGGAGAGGCCACAGAGACGGCUCUCACGUGCCUGGUGGAAAAGAUGAACGUCUUCGACACGGAUGUGAGCCGCCUGUCCAGGGUGGAGAGAGCCGGAGCUUGCAAUGGGGUCAUCAGGCAGCUGAUGAAGAAGGAGUGCACCCUGGAGUUCUCCCGGGACCGCAAGUCCAUGUCCGUGUACUGCACGCCCGUCGGCCUGAGCCAGCCCACCACGGGCAGCAAGUUGUUUGUGAAGGGAGCCCCGGAAAGCGUGAUCGAGCGUUGCAGCUACAUGCGGAUUGGCAGCCGCACGGCGCCCCUCACCCCUGCUGCCAGGGAGAAGAUCCUGGCCCGGAUCCGGGACUGGGGGACGGGCAUCGACACCCUGCGCUGUCUGGCCCUGGCCACCCGCGACUCCCCCCGCAAGAUGGAGGACAUGCAGCUGGACGAUGCCUCCAAGUUCAUCAACUAUGAGGUGGACCUGACCUUCGUGGGCUGCGUGGGGAUGCUGGACCCUCCCCGGAAGGAGGUCGCUUCGUCCAUCGAGAUGUGCCGCAGGGCCGGCAUCCGAGUGAUCAUGAUCACGGGGGACAACAAGGGCACGGCCGUGGCCAUCUGCCGGCGCAUCGGCAUCUUCUCCGAGACCGAGGACGUGUCCAGCAAAGCCUACACGGGCCGCGAGUUCGACGACAUGGCUCCCGAGCAGCAGCGCGACGCCUGCCGGACGGCCCGCUGCUUCGCUCGCGUGGAGCCCUCCCACAAGUCCAAGAUCGUGGAGUACCUGCAGUCCUUCCAUGAGAUCACAGCCAUGACUGGAGAUGGCGUGAAUGAUGCCCCUGCCCUCAAGAAGGCCGAGAUCGGCAUCGCCAUGGGCUCGGGGACGGCCGUGGCCAAGUCGGCAGCGGAGAUGGUGCUGUCCGACGACAACUUCUCCACCAUCGUGGCGGCCGUGGAGGAGGGCCGGGCCAUUUACAACAACAUGAAGCAAUUCAUCCGCUAUCUCAUCUCCUCCAACGUCGGAGAGGUCGUGUGCAUCUUCCUGACAGCCAUCCUGGGCCUUCCGGAGGCACUCAUUCCUGUCCAGCUGCUCUGGGUGAACUUGGUGACCGACGGGCUGCCGGCCACGGCACUUGGCUUCAACCCCCCUGACCUGGAUAUCAUGGAGAAGCUACCCCGGAACCCCCAGGAGCCCCUCAUCAGUGGCUGGCUCUUCUUCCGCUAUCUGGCCAUCGGAGUGUACGUGGGCCUGGCCACUGUGGGCGCAGCCACGUGGUGGUUUCUCUAUGAUGCUGGAGGACCUCAACUCACCUUCCACCAACUGAGGAACUUCAUGAGGUGCACGGAGGGCAACCCCAUCUUCGAAGGGGUCGACUGCGGGGUCUUUGAGUCUCGUUACCCCACCACGAUGGCCCUGUCGGUGCUGGUGACCAUUGAGAUGUGCAACGCGCUCAACAGCGUCUCAGAAAACCAGUCUCUGCUGCGGAUGCCCCCCUGGCUGAACCUCUGGCUCCUGGGCGCCAUCCUCAUGUCCAUGGCCCUCCACUUCCUGGUCCUUUACGUAAAGCCCAUGCCCCUCAUCUUUCAAGUGACCCCGCUGAGCGCGCAGCAGUGGGCCGUCGUGCUCAAGAUCUCCCUACCUGUCAUCCUGCUGGACGAAGGCCUUAAGUACCUCUCCCGGAACCACCUGGAUGGAAUCCUCAGGACAGCCUCCCAGGCAUGGAGUGCUCAGCCUCCCCGGGACCUUCCCCGGACUCCCCAGCAGACCAGAAGAAAAGGACAAGAAGUGACGGACGGCCCGGCCCCUCCCGCUCCCCGUCGCCUCUCUGACUGAAGCCUCCGGGCCUGGCUUGCUGCUCCAGUGGGCCAGUGAAUGUCCGAAGGCAAACUGGACUCUUUGGAUGCCGCCCCCCCCCAUUUUGUUUGGGGCUUCGAUCAGAUUCUUCCCCAGCCCCCACCCCCUCAGGACUCUGCCCGUCCCGUGCUCCUGGCUCUCUCGUCGUCUCCCGUCUCUGGCUCUCUCGUCCUCUCUUGGUCUGCGGCGGCGGCUCGAAGCUCCCUGACUGUGCCUGGAGUGGGUGUGCCCACUGGGCAUUGGGCUUAGGCCCGGGAGCCGCCCCCCCAGGGCUUUGGGGCCGCCUCUAUUUAUUCCUCCCCCUCCCCAGGGAAUUCCCUCCUCCCUCUCCAGGAAGGUCCCUUUCAGAAUUUUCCCUUCAUAUCCUCACUCGCCCUCUUUUUACAAAGGAGGAAACUGAGGCUGAGGGAGGCGCGUGGCCUGGGGCUCCUGCCCUCCUCAGCCCUCCACCCGAGGCUCUCGCUGGAGCAGGAACGUCAGGCUCCCACAGCUAGCAGAGGCAGAGCCGGCACGCCGCCCCCCCCCCCCCGGACCUCAUUGCCUUUUUCCUUUGCUUGGCCCCCAUACAGCCAGCCGUGGCCUCCCCGGCUCCCUGCUGAGGCCCGACAGGGACGGCAGGCCCGGCCUAGCCUCUGCUGGGCUCUCCAUCUCGGAGGGAAGGGAGGCCCUCCUGGCAGUGCUGCUGGGGCUCUGGGGACACGGCCUCCGCCUGCCUCCACCUCCCGCCCCCUGCCCAGCGGGCCCGCCGGCUAUUUGCUUCGGCCUCGGGCGGACAGUGGUACAGAGUUCAGGCUUCCCCGGCCGUGCCCAGCUCCCCUCUGGGGUUGGAAAAGGGGGGCCCGGCGGGGCCUUGUGGAAACAACUGGCCAGGCUGGCUGAGGCCUGCUGAAAGCCCCCCCACACACACCCCCCGGCUAGUGGCCGCAGCGUUCCUCGGCUGCCAGUUCUUGUGGGCCUUCCGGAGAUGAUGGCGCCCUGCUCGCUGCGGGCAUUCCGAAUUUCCUGGGCUUUUCCUACUGGCCCAGCCCGUCUGCCAGUCUCUGGGAAGAGGCCUGAGUUCGAGGUCCUCUCGUCUCUGGACACUCGGGUAACCGCCCGGCUGGGCAUGCCGGGAAGAGGGGGGCCUGGGGGCUCUGUUCACGCGGCACCUGCGGCCGUCGGCUCUGCCCAGUUUCCCCCUAAACUCGAGGCCACGAGCUUGACUCCUGCCCCUUCCCUUCCCCGGCAAAGGAGCCAGAGGAGGUGACUGCGGCCUCUGCUCCUGGACAUCCUUCAGCAUAGACGGCCCCUUCCUCGGGGCUGGCUCGGGGGGGAUGGACGGAAGGACGCCUGGAGUGAUCUGGGGAAGAAGGAAGGAGAGGCCGGACGCCCUCCGACACCCCUGGAGGGGCCCCUGGCCCAGGCCGCCCAAACCAUCUGGAGCCCUCCAGGGGGGCCGGCAGGAAAGGCCCCCGCUGGGGCCGGAGCCUAGUUUCCGGCGGCCCC